CGCGCACACGUGAACUACAGUAUCUACUGUACUUGCUGAAUGAGCCAAUAAAAAAAGGGGGAUUAACAUUCCAUUAAAUAUUCCUCUCGCGCGACUUAACCGCCAGAAUCACCGCGAAGUUUCCUGCUAUUUUGUAUUUUGGUGGCAGGCAGCGGGCAGCGGGCAGCAACAACCCGUGGAGACUAGUCCAAGAAAGGUGGAGACUCCUGGGUUAACUUCCUGACAAUCAUUUUGAAGCACCACCAGGAGGGAAGCGGGGACGCUGCUGCUGCUGGGUCAAGGACUAAUGGAUAUACGGCUAACUCUACUUAUUUUUCGGCAGUGAAUCGACACUUUUGUUGAUUACAUCUACCUGGCUUGUUAGCUAGCUAGCAGUGAGGCUGCUGCUGCUGGAUAAGACAUUCCUAACGUUUGAUAGCGAGGCGGUGCGAGAGGAGGAAUGGAGGUCCUGGUGGAGUAUGAGUACGACGCGCUCCAUGAUGACGAACUGACCCUGCGACCGGGCGAGAUCAUCAAGAACGUGCGCUAUAUAGAAGAGGAUGGCUGGAUGGAGGGGGACCUCAAGGGGAAGAGGGGCCUCUUCCCUGACAACUUUGUUAAGGAACUGAAGAAGGAAUCCAAAGAGGUCAAGGAAACAAAGACUGAGCCGAAAGAAGAAGCCUCUCUGCCUCUAAGGAGAGAGAAGAGCGCAGGAAACGUGGCCAACCUGGUCCAGAGAAUGAGCACCAUCGGCAUCCCCACCGGGGGCUUCCUGCCUCAGCCCCCAGCAGCUUCAAAGAAGCCUAAGAGGAGACAGUGCAAGUCUCUGUUUGACUAUCAGCCACAGAACGAGGAUGAGCUGGAGCUGAAGAUCGGAGACAUCGUAGACAUCACUGAAGAGGUUGAAGAAGGCUGGUGGAGUGGCAACGCGAACGGCAAGUCAGGACUGUUUCCCUCCAACUUUGUCAAAGAGCUGGAUGCCUCUGGAGAGGAGGGGGAGUCCAACGACACAGCGGCAGAGGAGACUGAUGGAAGUGGAAUGGAAAGCGGCUCCACCCCCACAUCCCCUCAGCCCGCCUCAGGGAACGGAGUAGUUGCUCAGCCCAAGAAGAUCAGAGGCGUGGGCUUCGGAGAUAUUUUCAAGGAAGGCUCGGUCAAACUAAAGGCCCGCCUGCCGAGCCCCGACAUAGAGGAGAGGAAGGGCAGACCAAUCCCAUCAUUACCAUCCGCUGCAAAGCCCGCCCAUCCCAACAUGACAGACUCGCAGAGAGCAGACGACAACAAAUCCAAAGCGAAAGAGUACUGUAAAGUCACGUUUGCUUUCGAGGGUACAAAUGAGGAUGAGCUGACCAUAAAGGAGGGCGAGACCCUCCACAUCCUGAGCAAGGACACAGGAGAGCCAGGAUGGUGGCGAGGGGAGAUCGGGGGCAGAGAGGGGGUCUUCCCUGACAACUUUGUAACCAUGGUGUCUGAUGCAGAAAAAGAGACUCCCACGUCGAAAGGAUCAGUGAGAUCAUCUCCUAAGCAGGAGCCAGAAGAGAAGCCGAAGAAGCCACCUCCGCCUUCAAAAAGCAUCGCACUUAAGCCGGAGGUUCCAAGUGUGGACAAGAAGCCUCAUCCCAUCAGGCCAGAGGACAGAGUUGAUAAGCCUACACUAGAACACAAGCCAUCCAAGCCCGCAGCGCCAGUGGUCCCGCCCAAAAAGCCGGUCCCCCCUCCUGGGAAAGGCAGGCCGGGGAGCCUCCCACCAAAGAGGCCCGACAAGCCUGUCGCUCCAUCGCCAAAGCACAAUGGAGAGGUGCCUUCCACACGACCAAAAUCAGAGUCUGAGCCAUCGUUGCCCACCAAACCCAAAACCCUGUCUGGGGACUGGGGGGAGAAGUCCUCGGAUUUGGAUCUGAUGAGUUUUGAUGAGCUGUCGUCUAACUCGGAGAAGCUCUCUCACCCCACCGCUAGCAGACCAAAGAUGCCUGGCAGACGGCUGCCCGCACAGUUUGGUGGAGGAAACUCGCCCACCAAGGAAUUGAGCGUGGAGAAGUUAUUCAAGGUUGAUGAAGAAGAUGCUGCCAAACCAAAGCUAACAGACACCAGAAAGCCUUCCACGAACACCAGAUCCCAGUCACCGCCGCUCCACAAACCCAGCGUGUCCAGCAGCGAGGCCCAGCCCAGCGCCAGCAGCACCUCUCAGGGCAGCAGGGCCCGGCUGGAGCCCGAGGAGCCGGGCUCCCAGCUGGAGGAGCUGAGGAGCCAGAUGAAGGAGCUGCUGCUGUCUGUGGAGCUGCUCAAGGCCCAGCAAAUGAAAGAGAUAGCGGAGCUCCGAGGGGAGCUGGAUGAGGAGAAGCUGAAGCGCAUGGCUCUGCAGAUGGAGAUAGAUAAACUGAAGCGGAGCACCCACUCGACGUGAGGCCCUCGGUCCUAUCAACAGCAAGCCUUAAGGUCAGCUGGUGUCCUGUCGACCAACCAGAGAGCAGCAGGGCGGUGGCGGGUGUUUGCUGAAUGGACGGAGAGAGGGUGGGGAAUCACACGAACCACCCCGAGCACAAUCCUUCUUUUUUUUCCAAUGAUCUACGAAAAUAAAAUCCCCAUAUUUGUAAGAUUUACACUUUGCACAUAUAAAGAAAGCUAGAUGUCAUUUAGUUACAAAUGUAUAUGUUUCUCUUUUCUUUUUUUUGCCGAUACAAAAAAAUGAGGCCUUACUUCAAACUACUGCGCUGGACUCUCCCGCUCUUUGUCUGUCACUCCGGCGUUCCUUGACCUCCAUCAGGGUGGAGGUUCGUACUACUGACUUUGUAUAAAACAGGGGUCGCUUGUUUGCCCCGCCUAAUUUUUUUAAUGGUGCACAAAUAGUUGAUUUUAAAAUUGAUUUCAGUUAUUUUGAUCGUCUUCGCUUAUUGUUUUGUUUCCUACACGGCGCCCAUCAGCAGUACUCCACCCUGCAGCGCUCUUAUUUUAUAUAGCAUUCCUAUCCAGGGUAACACUACUGUGCCUGUUUAAAAAAAAUAUAUAUAAAGUGUUUAUAAUUGGAGCUUACAAAUACCAUGAUGGUGUCUAGAAAUGUUGCAGCAUGAUAUUGUAUAUCUAUAUUUUUUAAGUCCACUGACAUGCCUACAGUCAAAUACUACAGUAUAUAGAGAGCCUCUUCUGUGCCGGGCUCUUCUAUUUUUGACACAAAUCGCUGGGAAUGUUCUCAGAAGUUUAGCCAGUUUAUGCAGAUAGAUAUUGCAUGCAAAAAACGUAAAAGAAGAAAGGAGACUGCACUCUUCCAUUAUCAAGGUUUCUGACCAACACAUUUAUCAAAUGAGGCAUCCUCGUGAUGAUCAUCUCUACAACCUGCUAUUCAUUCCAGCCAUCGUCCCUUUUAUCCCUGCCACGGCCCGUUCUACCUCUUCCCCUUCUUUCUCCAAUCUCUCUAAGAUUCCAAAUGAAUCCUUUGUCCUGUAGUGUUAUCUAAUCAUAUUCUACAUGUCUACCUGUAGUCUGCAUAUCUUCCCACAUUCCAACUACACAAGUUAACUGGAAGCAGAGAGCAGCAAUAAUGAAUGAAUGAAAAUGACAUUAACUCACACUCCUUAUCCUAUCAGUUUGAGGAGCAAAGAGUUAAUAUGUGUACCUUUUUAAUGUGGUUAUAUUGUGCUUCAAAACAUUUUCUGGGUUCAUUUCCUAUGUAGAAAAAUGAGACAAUCCUGGUGAAAAAUGUGUGAAAUCUGUUUCAUUUUAGCCAGAGCUAUCCAUCAGAGCACCUGGAUUAUGUCUAUUAACAUAAUAUACAUUGCAAAUACAUUUGGUACAGACAUUCAUGGCCCCCAGAGGAUAUAUCCUUGGUGAUCCCCCGGUUUCAUUUCUUUGUGUGACACCAAUAACAUAUCAAAGUUCUCAUUAUCCAUUGAAAAGUAGUUUCAUCGGCCCAAUAUUUAUCAAAUGUGUCCCAACUAAAAAAUAUAUAAGAGUUACUUAAUGCCCGACUGGCAGAAGCAGUGUUUCAAAUGUUACCAUGCUUACAAGCUAAAUCAAUUUAGUAAACACUGUUAACAUUAGCAAGUACGCUUUACUCCUGAACAAUACUGGACUUUAAAGCCGAUAUUAAUUAAAAAAAGUUGCAACUAAUCUGCCAGCUAUUUGUCUGCCAAUGUCAAAUAUUAUCUGUGUUAAUACAAGUCUAACAAACAUUUUUGAUAAGGAUUUUACAGUUUCAAAAAUAACAAACAAAACCAUUUGUCAUGCAGUUUUUAAAAAAAACAUACCUUUGGAGCAUUGACUGCUUUGUUAGCAUUUCACUCAAAGCUCAGAGUAAAGACUCAGACAGCUACCAGAGAGACACCCCCACUAGGAUUCGCUAAACUCUAAAACAUUCAAAUCCCACACAUAACUCCUUUUUAAGAUGAAUAAAGUAACAGGAAAAUUAAGUGUACACUGAUUAAAAAUGGUGAUUCCAAUUUGUUUCUGCACCACAUAACUACUUCUGUCUUUCUGGAUGCUUAUCUGUAUUAAUAUCAGAGUAAGCACAGUUCAGGGCUACAGAAAUGGGUGGAACUAAUUGGUAAUACAAUGUCAGUGACUCUCUGUCGACUCUAACUUGUAGCCCUGAGCUCUGAACGUACAGUGUAAGGGUUCACCGCUGAGCCAACUUUCAGGACACCAGUGCAGUACCAAGUGGAAUACCCUCUGGAGUCUAUAUGGGUUAGAGGAGCAUUUCAGUCCUGAAUCGGAAUUUUGUAGAGCUGUUUAACCUUUAAAGAAAUUAAUGUUUCUUUUUUUUAAAUAUAUAUAUCUAUACAUGUCUCACAAAUGUCUUAAAGAAGUGUUACUUUGCUUUUAAAUCAUCCUCAGGCUUUGUUCCAUGUGUCUGAUGUGUGUGUGCAUGCUCGCAAAGUGUAACAGAGGCCAUGAUGUUGGACUCCAGAGUGCUUUGACCAAGUUUAUACUGUAUAUCUGACCUUAAUGAGCAUGGCACUCGUGCAAAACGCUUCCUGUUUGAGGAAGCAGCUCUUAAAUGAUAUGUCUGGGUGAUGAAAUAAUCACAAUUUGGGAAACGGGGACCUGGGAUUUGGGUGAUAGCUCAUCACAUGAUAUCUGUAAUACGGCUUCCACAUAUUGUACAUUCCAGAGUUUGACACCAAGAGAAUAAGAAAUAUGUGCACAUGUAUAACAUGUUCAAGUGAUUUGUUUACAAAAGCUGUAUCCUUGCAUGAGCUGAGAUUCUUUUCAAAAUUGAAUAAAUAUCUUUAUUUACUGUCA